AUGCCCAAAGAAAUCGAAACAUAUCCGAUUGAUCCCGAGAUAGCGAAGAAGAACAAGCUGCGGAAGUAUGGCUUCCAUGGAAUCAGUUAUGCCUUUAUCACAAGGUCAGUGGCGGAGUUCCUGAAGAAGCCGGAGAGUGAGACGAGUAUUAUCGCGUUGCACCUUGGUAGCGGGGCGUCGGCUUGUGCGGUCAAGAAUGGGCAAUCGCUGGACAAUAGUAUGGGUCUGACGCCGUUGGCGGGUCUGCCGGGAGCGACGAGAAGUGGCGACGUGGAUCCAAGCCUGAUCUUCCAUUUCACCCACGACGCUGGAAAACCAAGUCCAGGCAGUACUAAGGAGCUGCAUAUUAGCACAGCGGAAGAGAUCCUGAAUAAGAAAUCUGGCUGGAAAGCCCUCGCCGGCACAACAGAUUUCGGCAUAAUCUCGUCAUCAUCAGAUCCCAGAUGCAAACUAGCAUUCGAUAUCCUCGUUGACCGCAUCCUUGGCUUCAUCGGCAGCUAUUACGUCAAAUUGGAGGGAAAAGUCGAUGCAUUGGUCUUUGCAGGAGGUAUUGGGGAAAAAGCAGCGCUUUUGCGGAAAAGGAUAUUGGAAAAGUGUAAAUGUCUCGGAUUCGAGGUUGAUGACGAGAAAAAUGACAAAGCAAUUGAGGAUGUGGUCCAAGAUAUUGGCAAGGAGGCGCGGCAUCGGAGUCUGGUGUGCCAAACAGAUGAGCAGUUUGAAAUGGCCAGGCAAUGUGCUGUGGGUCUGCAGACAAAGUAG